AAACUCCGCGGCCGUUACGGCGCGCGGGGCGGCGGGAGCGGCUCCAUCCCGCUGUGGAGCCCGGCGGGAGCGGCUCCCUCGUCCCGUGUGGACCCCCCCGCUCCCCGUGGGGAGACCCCUGCUCCUCGUGGAGCCCCGGCGGGAGCGGCUCCGUCCCGUCCCGUUGCAGAGCCCGGCGGGAGCGGCUCCCUCGCCCCGCGGCGCUGCCCGGGGGGGUGCCGGGGGGUCCCGCGCCCUCAGGGCUCCCUCUCUCCGUGAGGGCUCGGAGCGGGCCGGCUCUGUGAGCGCUGUGUGAGCGCUGCCCUCCCGCGGGCCCGCCCGCUCCCGUGCCGUGUUUCAGCUCCUUCUUAUCCGUGUGACCUCGGCGAGCUCCAGGUGUUGAUCCCAUCGUUUCCCGGUUACUCCUUCAGGGACGGUCCCAUCGUUGCCGGUCUGGGAGCUGCGGCUGCGGCAGGAGGGACCCUGCGGGGGACGCAGUGGAAGUGACACUCCUAAGAUUCAUAGCCAUGGAGCGGCUGGAGGAGGAGCUGACCUGUGCCGUUUGCUGCGGCAUUUACCAGGAUCCCCGGGUGCUUCCCUGCUCCCACACCUUCUGCAGGGAAUGCCUGCAGGGGGUUCUCCAGCGCUCCGACACCUUUUCCAUCCGGAGGCGCCUCAAGUGCCCCAACUGCCGGGCCCUGGUGGACAUUCCCGCCGCCGGGCUGGAAUCCCUGCCCAUCAACUUCGCCCUCAAGGCCGUCAUUGAGAAGUGCCGGCAGGAAGAGCCCUGGGAUGUGGAGACGUGCCGGGAGCACCCCCGGCAGCCCCUCAACAUUUACUGCCUGCUGGACAGGCAGCUGGUGUGCGGGCAGUGCCUCACCAUAGGGCAGCACCGCGGGCACCCCAUCGGGGACCUGCACAGCGCCCACAGGAAGGCCAAGGAGGCCGCUGGAAAACUGCAGGAGCAGCUGCCGGAGAAAUACUGGCGGGAGGUGCUGCUGUGCUACAUGAAGCUGACGACGCAGAAAUCCCAGUGGGAGAAGCUCCUGCGCAGCGAGAGGGACGUCGUGGGGCAGUACUUCAAAAAGCUCGGGGACACCUUGGAGCACAAGAAACAAGCUCUGCUGGGGGCUCUGGAUGAGCUCAACAGGCGCUUCCUGCGGGAAUACGAGCCCCUGCUGGAGGGUGUGAGCAAACUGAAGGUGGAGGAGAUUGAGCUCAAGUACCUGAAUUCCUCUAUUCGGAAAGAGAAGUCCCCCCUGCUGUGCCUGGAGAAGCUGGAGGAGCUGCAGCAGCGGGUCAAGGCCCUGAGGGAGAAGGAACUGCCGGAUGUGAAACCUCUGGAGAUUUGUCCAAGGAUGGAGGACCUGCUGAAGGAUGUGUGGGCUAAAACCGAAAUGGGUCAGAUCCACAAGAUCCCCCCUCCAAAACUGAUGCUGAUUCCCAGGAGGAAACAGUGCAGCAAAUGCCCUGGGAAGGAAACUGUGGAAGGCAGCAAGUGGGUGUGUGCCCUGAGCCUGCCCCCCGUGAGCCUGCCCACCGUGCUGCUGCUGCUGCUGCUGGGCCUGGCGGGCACCGUGCUCGCCCUGCACAGGGCACUGCUCCCCGGGGCCAUCCAGGCUGCUCCCGCAUGGAUCUCGGAAUUCCUGCUCCAGCUCUAUCAGCAUUCCUGCUCCCACCUGCAGAAGGCCGUGGAUGGGCUGUGCCACCCAUUCACCUCCCUGAUGGGGUUCUGCAGGAGAAUUGUCCCCUUUGACUGCUUCCGUGAGUAGGUGACGACCCAGUGCAGGAAUCCAGGAUUAGUUUUGAUUUCCACUGAAAAGCUGGAUUAUUAAAGCUCUACACUUUUCCCUUCUAUUCCCAAAUCCUUCCUUUUCUCUAGUGCCUGGAUUUCCUCUGAGCUAAGUCUUAGUGAAGUAAACAUUUGCACCAAAAAGGGCUCUCUGUCCCACUGAGGUGUUUGUUCCAGCCGGGAUCCAGGCAGGACCAGCAGCUGGAACCAGCUCACACGUGGGAAUCUGAGUCUCAGCUCUGAAAACUCCUUCAACAUGGACUCUCUUUAUUCUUAGUAAUGAAUGUCUUCUGAAAUUGUUUUUUAAUACAAACAUGACAGGUUAUCAGGACCCCUCAGCUGCAAAGGGCCGGCACUGCCUCCCAUGUGCAAGAAACUCCCUUUCUGUGCUUCCUGGCCUGUGACCGUGUUGGAACAGAGACAUUUGUGCUCUUUGAGGUCUGUGCUCGUGGCCCUGGUGCUCAGUUUUUUGGUUCUGGGUAGAGCGAAGGACACGAUUUCACCCUUUUUGUCAUUUUUUUUAUCCUGUGUGGAAUAACUUUGUGUGUUUCCCAUGUUCCUCCUCUCCCAUCCUCUCCUGCUGAGCAGGACCUUGGAUGCACACACAGGUUUUAGACCCAGCUGUGCCCACGUUGGGGGGUCUGGGCUGGCAGGGAGAGACCUCCCACUGCUCCCUGACUUUUCCUAAAUCAUUUAGGGUGUAGUGAAAACACAAACACACUGCAGGAAGUGGCAAAACUCCUGCUGAAGUCCGGGGUAGGAGGACUUCAGACAUCAGGAGCUCUUUACCUGACAAGGAAUGCGAAUUUAUAUUUAACCUUUUGAUUGUCAGCACAGAGACCUGUCCCUGGACAGGGGUUUAUUCUGCCCUCAGGUGCUCACUGGCACCAUUUGCUGCUUUUGAGCUGCUCCAGCCUAAAUGGAGCCAGUUUUAGCCUUUACCAGGCUGGAUCAAGCCCUGGGAGAGGCUCCAAGUGCUGUAGUUCCACCAGCACAAGGCAGUGAGCAACAAUUCACUGGGGAUUGAGUUGAGAAAAACACAGAAAUGGGUAUUUGACCUCAUAAAAAUAAUUCUCUCUCCCAGCCCAGCAGCAUUCCUUGGCUGAUGUGGUUUGUAAGCAGUGGGUAAGCAGGGACUGAAUUCUGAACCUGCCCUUUAACUCCUUGAACUUGGGGUUUUGAACCCCAAACUUGCCUGUUAUCAGCAGGUGCUGUGGGGUCCUGCCAAAUCCCACCUGCUGCCAGUUCAUGCAAGGUCAGUCUCAGAGGUGAUACUGUUACAUUCCUUAAGCCUGAAGUUGAUCCCAAUCCUGCUGUCCCAGUGUUGACAAAGCCCGAGUCCAGCCCCGGUGCAGCUUGGGGGGUGUGGAGUGUCCCAGGGGGAGGAGCAGGAGGACACUGGGAUGGGAGCUGUGCCUGGAAUUUGUUCCUGAGUUUUUGUCAUCUUUCAGAGUUCCAGUGGCAAAUCCCCCCCAUCCCACUGCUCAGUUUUGGAAAGGUGUUCCAGGUGUGUGCUGGGACUGUGUAAGUGAGUGCUCUCAUACCCCUUCCCCAGUAAAACUGGCAAUUUGUUUUUGUCCUGAGCCCUGCUGGGAGGCUGCACUUGACACAUCAGUCUCCAAUCCUGAUGGUCUGUUCACUGCCCCAUGAGCCUGCAUUUCCUACCCCCCUUCCUAUCUUUUAUUUUCCUUUUUAAAAGAAUUUCUAAUACAAUUUUAUUUUUCAUGACAGGAAUUUAAAGUGCCUUUACCGCUGACUGACACCUGUAACACUCCCAAUGCACUGUUAUUUUCCAAGGUUUGCCUACAAAUAAAGCCUGUUCUUACAGCA